GUUUGGAAGUAGCCUGGUUGUCUAGUGUCGCGCCACUAACCAAAUAACCUAUUUACCUUUUUACUGAAAUUCCCACAUCUUAUUGCACUUCGCUUGAAUCUACACCAAAUUUCCAUUAUCUUGAUUUUUUGAAUUUUCUACGUUAGCUUUGAACCGAAAAUGGUGGUUACUCGCAGUGCAGCUACGAAGAAGCAGAACCAAGUGCUGACCUUAUCUGACCAGAACAUCCUAGCAGAAUCUUCGAGGACCAAAGGACCUCCUGUGCCCAAGAAGAAUGUUAAGAAAUUGCCGACUGCACGUCAGUGUGUCAAGGUGGCUGCAAAUCUUCUAGACGCACAAGAACCUAACGAAAAUGAAAACACAGGAACCCAAAGGAAGGAUGGAAAGCAACUGGAUUCCAAAUUGAGUUCCACAGUCCAAAAUACAGAAGCAGCGAGGUCCAAAGAAACUCCUGCACCCAAGAAGAAUGUUAAGAAACUGCAGGCUGCACUUCCGUGCGCCGACGCGGCUGCAAAUCUUUUGGAGGAACAAGCAUCUAAUGAAAUGAAUGAAGAAGGACCUCCUGUGCCCAAGAAAAAUGUGAAGAAACUUCCGGCUGCACGUCAGUGUGUCAAGGUGGCUGCAAAUCUUCUAGACGCACAAGAAUCUAUCGAAAAUGAAAAAACAGGAACAAAAAGGAAGGAUGGGAAGCAACUGCAGGCACAAAAUUCGAAUGAAAAUGAAAAAACAAGCACAUUAAAGAAGGAUAAAAAACUACUGGCUUCCAAAACUCCAGAAGCAGCGACAAACGAUAAUGCAAAUCCAAAUAUGAAACCAAGCCUAAAGAAGUCGACAAGGGAGCACAAGUCCAAAAAGUGUAAUGACAUUCAAAAAGCUGGAAAAGAUCACAUCGAACAUCAAGCCGAAUAAUUUGUAUCACGUUGCGUUAAUUGUUUUUGUUUUUAAAGUUCAAAAUUGAUUUUAGUUGCUUUUAUAAGCAAAAAUAUAAAUAUAAAUAAUUAAGAAUACCU